AUGCCGAAAGCAAAAGAGGAGGAAAACAGCAGCCUACGAGAGCUGGUGGAGGACCUGCGUGCUGCGCUGCAGAGCAGUGAUGCGCGCUGCCUGGCCCUGCAGGUAGGCCUCUGGAAGAGCCAGUCGGACAUCCCGGAAGCUGCUGCGCACAAGCUGCAGCGAGCGCAGGGCGCGCUGGCAGAGGCAGAAGCACGCGCCCGGCGGCUGCAGCGGGGACAGGUGGAGGUGCGGCUGCGCACCGAGGAGGCCCGGCAGGCGGUGCGGCGCAGCUUGCACCGAGUGCGGGAGCUGGAGGCGCUGGCGCGGCGCGUUCCCCGCAUGCAGCGCCAGGUGCAGCGAUUGGAGGCGGAGCUUAGACGUUACAGAUCAGAGAGACCUCAGCUCCUAAACCCCUCACAGACCAGUGUACAGCCAGGAGACAAGAAUGGAGAUCCUAUGACUAGAGGAACCAGAGGUGAGGACACCAAUCCAGGGGGAACCCAGCAGCCAGACACCAGCUUAAGGAGCAGAGACACAGAUGAAGAGGAAGAGCAGCUGUUCCGCUCCGUGGAAGGUCAGGCCGCCUCUGAGGAAGAAGAGGAAGACAGGUGGCAAGAAAAGUCAAGGCCUCCACAGGCCCAUGCCCAGGUACCUCUGGUGCAGCCCUCAGGCUGUGUGAGUAGGUGUGAUGAGCGGACAGCUGAGAUGCUCAAGACUUCUUUUGGCCACUGUGAUGGUGCUGACCACAUCUGCACCCUAGAGCUGGAGACCCGAGUCACCGAGCUUGGGGAACAGCUGCAGGCCCUGGGCUGCAGUGGAAAGACGCUGGGAACACCGGAGGAGGCAGAACUGCAGCAGAUGGAGACUGAGCAUCUGAGGCUGGAGCUGCAGAUGGUGGAGACGGAGCGGGUACGACUGUCGCUGCUAGAGGAGAAGCUGGUGGAUGUGCUACAGCUCCUGCAGAGGCUCCGGGACCUGAACAUAUCAAAAAGAGCCCUGGGGAAGAUUUUGCUGAAUGCCCUGGACCGGAAUCCCUCACAGGAGGGUACACAUGGCACCUUGGCCAUCCUGGACACCUUGCACCAAGCCUUGGUUGGCUGUGAGCUCCUGCAGAGAAAUCCCUCAGCACCAGCGUCCACAGCUGCCGCACACACGAACCCCUUCCUCAUCUCCUGCUGAGCUCGCUGGUCCAGUCAUGGGCCACCAUGGUCAUUCCAACCAUCAUCAGACCAGCCUUGACCACAACCAGACUUGCCUCCAUGGUCAAUCUGACCACCAUGGAACUAGCAUUGGCAGUCACUGGUCCAACCUUCACAGACUGACCGCCAUCACAGUAGCCUCCUCAGUCAUCCUCAGCACUGUCAGUCCAGCCUCCAUGGUCAGCUUGGCCACUGUUGGACUGUCUUCCACCCUCUGAACAUUCUCCACAAAUGGUUUGACUCUUGUCACUUCCUCAGAACUCUGGCAGCCAAGGCUCCUUCCCAAACUGGGUCUAGCAGCUACUCCUCUCUUGGGCCUCUCACAUUCUCACAGAACCCCCACACUGAAACCCUACGGUUGAAAGAUCAGCCUCAACCUGAGGAUGCUGCCCUUAUGCUGGGCCCAGUACACAGUACAUUCCAGAAUCUCUGCCCUGCUUGCUCCAGCUGACUGAUCUGUGUUAUUUGGCCUGCUCAAGAAGGGCCAGUUCUGCACCCUGAUCAGGCUAGAUGUGUCCAGAACUUAGUGUGGACAAAUGUGCAAGGAAAGACUACGGGGACCAGGCACUUUGGCAAGUCUAGCUCUGCUAUGACUUCACAGGAAAGAUAGAAGAUAGAAAUGCUUCCAGGAGGAAGAGGCACAUGACCAGUGUGGAGUAUAACUAGUACAUCCUGGGUUUUGUUUUUCUGGAUGUCCCAGCACUGCACGAGCUCCCCCACCAAGCACACCCUUGACCUCAUUCUGUUCUUUUCAACAAGCUGUCCUUUCGCUGGAGCAUGACAGGCACAGGUUGCAUUAGAGACUUCACAAACUGAGAGAAGGAACAUUCCUGCAGCCAGAUUCCCCAGAGCUGGCCUGUCACAGCCAAGUGAGGGGAAACCAGAAACAAAUUCAGGCCCACUAAAACAGCCAUGGUCAUAGGCACUGUAUUUAGUUCUGUUGUUUUACAUUCUUUGAGGAACAUCUCCCUAUGUUGCUUAGGCUGGUCUCAGACUCCUGGGUUCAAGCAAUCCUCAUGCCUCCCAAGUACCUGGGACAAUAGACUAUAGUACCAUACCCAGCUAGCUAAUCCUGAUAUGACAGAACACCUACCCCCCAAACACACACUUUUGAUUACCAUGUCACUAAAGGCUCAGCUCCUGGAAUUCCUUAUCCAGCACAUGGAGUCAGCCUUUAGCAGAAGAUGAUCAAACUGAAGAGAUAGUCAUCCCUGGUUGUCUCAGCAAGUCAGGAAGCAUCAGACUGGGAAUUUGAAACAACCAGUUACCCAGAAGCUCUAAUGGAAGAGUCCAGCAGCAUAUAGACCAGGGAGUAGCAAGCAGAAGAUGUGUGUUCCAUGAAAGAGUCAGGAAUUGCUAGGAAUCAUACCAGCCGAACAGAAUGAAGAACAUUCUGGUAGGCUCAGAGAUAGCUGUACAGAGAUGAGGAGAGCCUAAGGAUAUGUCCUACAAAUUUCUAAAGAUGAAAAGACUAGGAACGGAAAGCAGAAAAUACAAGAAUUGUUGGGCAACUACAACAUGUGUUUAAAAAAUAAGGGGAAAAAAACAAACACAAACAACAGUUAAAGCAAUAAUGACUUUGAAUUUCCCAAAACUUCUAUCAGAUGCCAAAGCACAGAUCCAGAAGACUCAAAGAGCACAAGCAAAAUAAAUACAAAAAGAAAAAGAAAAAUGACAUCGGAGCCAGGCAUGGUGAUGCACACCUGUAAUCCCAUCACUUGGGAGGCUGAGGCGGGAUAAUCAGGAUUUUACAGCCAGCCCGAGCUAGAUAGUGAGAGGCUGUCUCAAAAAUGACAACAGGAAGAAGAAAAGAGUGAAACCCUGAGGUGGAGGAGAGAAAGCAGCCUAGCUUUCAUUGUACUUUGCAAAAUUACCCUUGAAAUUGAAGAUUCUCAAACAAAACUCAUUUGGGAUUGCAAGAAAUAAAAUGAAGUUUUUUGGAGAGAGGGAAAUAAGACCAAAAAUUUGGAUUUAUGUAAAGCAAGAAAAAGCACAAAAGAAAGGAUAAGCUAAAGUAGAAAAAACCGUUUAUUCUCUUUUAUUUUCUUGUCUAAAAGACAACAGUUUGCAUCAUAUUCAGCUUUUGUGAGUGAAAUGCCCAGCCCAGAUCCAAGGUAGAGAAGGAACUAGGAACACUUUGCUAUUGUGGAGUCUGGGAAGCUUUGCUGCCCGUUAGGCAGUACAGUUAUUGAAAGUGGACUUGGAGUAGUUGUAGAUGGGUGCUGUGGAUGUUAGGAUAGACACUAGGAAAAGAGAGAAAGUGAUAUUAUAUAAAAUACUUAAAACCACAAAUGGCAGACUACAAGCGAAGACAAAACAAGUGAUUAAACCUAAGCAGGCCUGGAAGACAUCAGCUCUCUGUCAGCACCACCCCCAAAUAUUAGUGGUCUCAUUACAAUAACCAAAAUACAAGGAUCCUCAGACCAAAGGACAUGUUGUCUGCAAGAAUCCACUGUAGGAGGCUAGAGAGAUGGCUCGGCAGAUAAGAGCACUUACUUCUCUUGCAGAGGACCUGGGUUCAAUUCCCAGUACCCACAAGACCACUCCCAACCUCCUAUAACUCCUAUUCCAGAUGAUCUGAUUGCACUCUUUUGGCUCUGUGUACAUGCAUAUGGUACACAAACAUACACUCUAGCAAUGCACAUAAAAAGAAAUCUACUUUAGAUACAGACACCUGUAUUAAAGUGAAGGAAGGGGUGAAGGAAGAUUCUACUAUGCAAGAGUAAUCAGAAGAAAGCCUACUUCACUAUAUUCAUCAAACAGAGCAGAUUCCAAGGCAAGAGAAAGCAUCAGGAGUGAAAGGGGGCAUCGCAUGGUGUCAAGGGUGUAGGCUCACCAAGAAAAUAAUGUGUGUACCUAGCAACAGCCACAAACAAUCUGAGAUGAAAUACAAAGCCAGGCAUAGUGACCACACACCUUUUAUCACAGGACUCAGGAGGCAGAGGCACACAGAUCUCCGAGUUCAAAGCCAGCCCGGUCUACUGGCUCAAAAUAUAUAUUACAUAGAACUUCAAGAAACAGAUGAGUCCACUAUUACAGUUGCAGACUUCAACAUACUUCUAUAAGAAAUGGAUACACCCAGCAGGUGUGACAUUAGCAAAGCCGAACACACCAGAACCAACAACCAAAAGGAUCCAGUGACACAAACUACUCAUCCCACAAUUGCACAAAUGCAUUCUCUUCAAGCUCGGACAGUGGUCUCAAUGUUUUGGCCACAAACGCACUUAACUAAUUAAACAUGGAGACCAGGCAGCUCUCUCAAGAGACAGCAAAAUUAAACUCACAACAGAAAGACACCGUGGAAAUCAUAAAUGCUUAGAGACUGAAAUUAACAUAUUUCUACAUUAACUACAGAUGAAAGAAGAGUUUUCUAGAGUAAUUUUAAAACACUUUUAACUAAAUGAAAAUGGAAAUAUACUGCAUCAGAACAGAUGGGACACAGCAAGGGCAGCAUGGGAUUGGACAGAUUAGCAAAAAUGAAAGAUCCAAAAUCACAGGAAGCUAUAAAAUGAAAAGCAAAUUUCAAGACCAACCUGUUCAGUAUAUCCCAAUUUGAUCUAAAGAAUCAAUCCAAAGCAUACAGAUGAAAAAGAAUAAAAAUUAGAGCAGAAAUCAGACUCAAAAUAGGAAAUCAGAAAAGAAAAUCAACAAAGCCAAAACUGGUUCUUGGAAAAGAUUUGCAAAAGUGGUUAAUAAAAGUUCCUUGCUGGGGCUGGAGAGAUGGCUCAGCAGUUAGGAGCACUGGCUGCUCUUCCAGAGGACCUGGC